CAGGGCCGGGAAUGGAAGACCCGGUGGAAGCGGGAUGAGUGAGCGAGUCGCCCGAGUCAGGGAACCCGUCCUUCUUGCUGGCUCCUCCUGUAGUAAUGACCCUUCGGAUGGAGCUGGAAGAGGGGAAGGCAGGCAGUGGACUCCGCCAGUAUUAUCUGUCCAAGAUUGAAGAACUCCAGGGUUUGCUAUUCCUGGACCAGUGUUAGACAAGAAGCUUUUUCCCUGUGGUUGUCCUACACUCCUGAGGAACUCUUGGAUCACAUUAGAGAAUCUGAAAUAACAUGCGGGUGCCCAGUGCUCUUUCCUCACUCUGCUCCCAUCAGCCUGUGAGGGUCAUAACCUCCUACCACUGUCUGCCCUUUGCCUCUUGUCCUCCACAGCUGAUUGUGAAUGACAAGAGCCAGAAUCUCCGCAGGCUGCAAGCACAGAGGAAUGAGCUUAAUGCAAAAGUUCGCCUGUUGCGAGAGGAGCUACAGCUACUGCAAGAACAGGGCUCCUAUGUGGGGGAAGUAGUCCGGGCCAUGGACAAGAAAAAAGUGUUGGUUAAGGUGCAUCCCGAGGGCAAGUUUGUCGUAGACGUGGACAAGAACAUCGACAUCAAUGAUGUGACACCCAACUGCCGGGUGGCUCUCAGAAAUGAUAGCUACACUUUGCACAAGAUCCUGCCCAACAAGGUAGAUCCACUGGUGUCACUGAUGAUGGUGGAGAAAGUGCCAGAUUCAACUUACGAGAUGAUUGGUGGACUGGACAAGCAGAUCAAGGAGAUCAAAGAAGUGAUCGAGCUGCCCGUGAAGCAUCCUGAGCUGUUUGAAGCGCUGGGCAUUGCACAGCCCAAGGGAGUGCUGCUAUACGGACCCCCAGGCACUGGGAAGACACUGCUGGCCCGAGCUGUGGCCCAUCAUACAGACUGCACCUUUAUUCGCGUCUCUGGCUCUGAGCUGGUACAGAAAUUCAUUGGGGAAGGGGCAAGGAUGGUGAGGGAGCUGUUUGUCAUGGCCCGAGAACACGCUCCAUCUAUCAUCUUCAUGGACGAAAUCGACUCCAUUGGCUCCUCGCGGCUGGAAGGGGGCUCUGGAGGGGACAGUGAAGUCCAGCGCACGAUGCUGGAGCUGCUCAACCAGCUGGACGGCUUCGAGGCCACCAAAAAUAUCAAGGUUAUCAUGGCCACUAAUAGGAUUGACAUCCUGGACUCGGCGCUGCUCCGCCCAGGGCGCAUCGACAGAAAAAUUGAAUUCCCACCCCCCAACGAGGAGGCCCGGCUGGACAUUUUGAAGAUCCAUUCUCGGAAAAUGAACCUGACCCGGGGCAUCAACCUGAGAAAAAUUGCUGAGCUCAUGCCAGGAGCAUCAGGCGCUGAAGUGAAGGUAACUGGAGUGCCCAAGGGAAAGGGGGCAGGGCAGGGGGCUCUGGGUCCUGGGGCACAGUGGUGGCACCUGUCUUCCUCGCCUUGCUCAGGGCGUGUGCACCGAAGCCGGCAUGUACGCGCUGCGCGAACGGCGAGUCCACGUCACCCAGGAGGACUUUGAGAUGGCCGUAGCCAAGGUCAUGCAGAAGGACAGCGAGAAAAACAUGUCCAUCAAGAAGCUAUGGAAGUGAGGCAGGUGUCUUUCGUGUGGAUUCCCUCAAAUAAAGCUCUGCAGGACGAGCCUUUGA